GGGCUGCGCAGCCGGAGAGGCGGGGGCCCGACGCGGCCCCCCCUCUCCCCCGGAGCCGGGCGCCUGGCGCGGGGGCUCGCCGAGCGCACGGGGGGCCGCGCGGCGCUGCAGACCCAGCCUCCCGCCGCCGCCGCCGCCGCCGCAGCCGCCGCCGCCUCGGCGCUUGCAGAACCCAGAAGUGAACAGCAGGCGACCCGGAAGGUUUGCGCGCGGCUCCGCACCGAGCCGGAGCCCGAGCCGGAGCCCGGAGCCGGAGCCCCAGCCCGGCCCUGCAAGGGCCGCCGGGCGCGGGGCUGCGGCCGCGUCCCGGAGCCGCCGCCAGCACAGCCAGGUGCUGUUGGGAACACAGAGGAAGUGACUGACUGGGGGUUCAGGGAAAGCUCCGUAGAAGAGGGAACACUUGAGCUGGGUCUUGAAGGAUGAGUAGAAGUUCACCAAGUGGGAAAGGACACUCUAGGAAGAUUGGAACCCUCUGGAAGAGUAAAAUAGCUCUGAAGGCCCAUCCUUCAUGCUGCCCUGGUUGAAUGGCCUAAUUGCCCGGGCCUGCCAUGGAACUUGGAGAGGAUGGCCGAGCCUCGAUUUAACAACCCCUACUUCUGGCCCCCUCCUCCCACCAUGCCCAGCCAGCUGGACAACCUGGUCCUGAUUAACAAGAUCAAGGAGCAGCUGAUGGCGGAGAAGAUCCGGCCGCCCCACCUGCCGCCUACGUCGGCCUCCUCGCAGCAGCCGCUGCUGGUGCCGCCGGCCCCGGCCGAGAGCAGCCAGGCCGUCAUGUCGCUGCCCAAGCUGCAGCAGGUGCCGGGGCUGCACCCGCAGGCUGUGCCGCAGCCCGACGUGGCGCUGCACGCGCGCCCGGCCACCAGCACCGUCACAGGUCUGGGGCUCUCCUCCCGAACCCCGGCUGUGAGCACGUCGGAGUCGAGUGCGGGCACGGGUACCAGCACCCCGUCCACACCCACCACCACCAGCCAGAGCCGCCUCAUCGCCUCGUCCCCCACCCUCAUCUCAGGGAUCACCAGCCCCCCCCUCCUGGACUCCAUCAAGACAAUCCAGGGCCACGGCCUGCUUGGCCCCCCUAAGUCCGAGCGCGGCCGCAAAAAGAUCAAGGCAGAGAACCCAGGGGGGCCGCCUGUCCUCGUAGUUCCCUACCCCAUCCUGGCCUCGGGCGAGACUGCCAAGGAGGGCAAGACAUACAGGUGUAAGGUGUGCCCGCUGACCUUUUUCACCAAGUCUGAGAUGCAGAUUCACUCCAAGUCGCACACCGAGGCCAAGCCCCACAAGUGCCCGCACUGCUCCAAGUCCUUUGCCAACGCCUCCUACCUGGCCCAGCACUUGCGCAUUCACCUGGGCGUGAAGCCCUACCACUGCUCCUACUGUGAUAAGUCCUUCCGACAGCUCUCCCACCUCCAGCAGCACACCAGAAUCCACACAGGCGACAGACCCUACAAGUGCCCACAUCCUGGCUGCGAAAAGGCUUUCACUCAGCUCUCCAACCUCCAGUCUCACCAGCGCCAGCACAACAAGGACAAGCCCUACAAGUGUCCCAACUGCUACCGGGCCUACUCAGACUCCGCCUCCCUGCAGAUCCACCUCUCGGCCCACGCCAUCAAGCACGCCAAGGCCUACUGCUGCAGCAUGUGCGGGCGGGCCUACACCUCGGAGACCUACCUGAUGAAGCACAUGUCCAAACACACGGUGGUGGAGCACCUGGUGAGCCACCACUCGCCCCAGAGGACGGAGUCCCCCGGCAUCCCGGUGCGAAUCUCCCUCAUCUGAGCCGACCCAAGGCGCCGCCCCACCCUGCCCACUGGCAGACACAGACCCAGGCAGCACCAGGCCCCAACUUCCUCCAGGGGCCCUCCAGGAACAGCCGAGCUCUCUCAUGACCUUCCUGACCUUCCAGAAAGCCUGGGCUGCAGAAGCCCUGCCCGGUCCUGCUCCGGGGGCGGCCAGGCCAACUGCAAGAUUCUGGACUGUUUUGGUGGCAUCCAAAGACGAUCUCAGAGCACUUUGAACCUCUCUGUUGGGUUUCUUUUUGUUCCCCACCCUCCACUUGCUUCACUGUUUUUUUUUUUUUUUAAGUUUGUUUUGGAAGUAACAAAAAAGAUAUUUAUUGGCCAAGAAGUUGGUGCUGCUAAGACCGAGAAAUUAAAAGAAUCGGACAGAUGGACACAGAGAACCAGAGGGCAACGUGGGACCUUCUCUUGCCACAGCCUCAGGUCUUGAGGGAAGGCUCAGGCCUGGGUUUCUGGACUGCAAAGGGGACCCUCAGGUGGGAGGGGACAGGAGGCAGCUGGAGUGAGCCACUCACCCCUGGGUGCCCCACUCACACCUCUCGAGCUACGCCUGGGCAUUACUGAGCAGAGGGAUGCGGCAGCUCCCAACGCUGCCCAGGCUUCAGGAGGCAAAAUGAGAGAGGGGCCGGGAGAUCUGCAGGACCAAAGGGUGCAGCGUUGGGCUGGGCUGGGCGCAGGCCCAGGGAAAUGGGGUGAGGGUGGGCUGGGUAAGACCCGGCCCUCCACUGCCCUGAAGACCACCCCAGUCUACCUCGGUGCUGGCCAGGAAACCUAUUGGCUACCUCUCCCACCAACCCAGACUGUGGGCAGGGGGGUGGGGAGGGAGUGGGCCUGGGCUUAGGACCACCCCCCUCCAGAAUUUCCUCCAGAUGGGGCAGUGCCCAGGGAGGGGUUAUUUGUCUUCCCUGUUACGGAGGGGGAAUCCCCAGUCCAGGCCCUAGGCCCCUCAGCAGGGAAGGGAUCCUCGGGGAGGAGGGUCCCAGGAGCAGACCCUGCCCUCAGCCCCCACAGACACACCCCAAUCUGAAAGCCAUGCGUGUCCGUGUAAAUAGGAACUAUGUACAGAGCCCGGAGAAGCCCCUCUUCAUCCCCCGGGGAAAAAAAAAAAAAGAAAACUAGACAGAAACUCAUCUAUAUAUUCUGUAUCUGGAGUUCCGUUUUGAAUAUUAACUGUGUUAUUUUUAUACACUUUUUAAGCCUUAACUCGCCAUUGAUUUACCAGUUUAACGUUUCCUGGGUUUUUUUUCCCCCCACGGGGUUCUCUGCCCCCUUGUUUGACUUGCGUCGUCUGAUAACUCAGUAUUGUAGCUUUUUGUCCGCAUGUUACUACCCUGUAAAUACGCUGUUAUACAUACUGUUAACAUCCCAUUUGCUUUUUUCUAUGGGACCUCCAGGCCACCAUAUUUAGAACUAGUUACCUUAUUAAAAAAGAGAAAACA